CCUUUUUCCCUGGGGUCUUGGCGUUCUGGGCGGAAGUGCCAGUCGACCGCCGUUGCUGCGGAAGAAAAAAGAAUUCUUGCCUCACCUGUCCAAGCAUCCCAAGAUUCCAAGCAUCCCCCACUGUCCAUCUCUCCCAGACCAGGGGUGUGCCCUGCUGUUGAAAUCAGGAAUUUCAGCUCCCUCACGUCAAGUUGCAAAGCACCCCUGAUUCUUCAUCUCUCCCUGAGCUGGAGAACCCUGGCAUUGGGGUAAAUACUGAAGGUCUUUGCACGGAGCCUCCUGCUGAUCCUCAGAACAACAGAGGUGGGAGAAGAUGGUGACACGACUUCUGAUAAACCAUCCCCAGGAUGCGGUGACCUUUCAUGACGUGGCUGUGAACUUCAGCCCGGAGGAGUGGACAUGCCUCAACACCUCUCAGCGGAAGCUCUACAGGGACGUGAUGCUGGAGACCUACCAGCACCUGCGGGCCGUCGGGCAUUCUGGGGUGAAGCCUGCAGUGAUCUCCUGGCUGGAAGGAAAAGCCCUAAGGCCGGGUAGGAGAGGCCUGUGUGCAGUUUCAGCACAGAAAGCGUGGCUUCAGGAUUUGGCAUUACAGCAAUUUGAUUUGGGAUUGGGGUCGUCAAGUACGAGUGAGUUGGGAAGCAGCCAGUCCCAGUGGAAUGUCUCUGAUCUUGUGCUUUGUAACAAAGUCUCAAGUGAGCAAUCAUGGUCUCAUCACCAUGAGGAUGCUGUGACAGGCGGGAUGUCUUUUGAGGGUGAUCAGCAUGGCGAGAGUGACCUCACUCUGAAGAAGCCCUCCCCUGGGAAAAGGUCCUUGGAGUCUGUUCUUAGUCCACGGACACAACCCCCUUCAGUGAGGCAGCCCCUGGACUGUGGGAGAGGAGCACUGUUUAUAGCGAGUCCCUCACGCCAAUGGACCCGCAAGCAAAGUCAGCAUGAGCAGAACCCAUCUAAGUGUAAGGAAUGUGGGGGAGCCUCCCCAUGUUCUCAGCACCGUGGUGUUCCCUUAGCAACCCACAGUGGACAGAAUCCCCGGAAAAUUCAGCACCGAGGACAAACUUUGAGUCAAGGUUUACUGCGUCGUGACCAUAUGGAUGUAAAUGUAAUUGCAGGAGAGAAACCCUAUGCUUGUGAAGAAUGUGGGAAGGCCUUCGAUCGAUCCUCAUAUCUUAUUACACAUAGGAGAAUCCAUACUGGAGAGAAACUUUAUACAUGUGAAGAAUGUGGAAAGGUCUUUAUUCAAUCCUCAAGCCUUAAUUAUCACAAGAAAAUUCAUGCUGAAUGUAAGAUGGAGCAAUAGCACAGCAAGAAGGGCAUUUGCUUUGCACACGGCUGAUCUGGGUUAUAUUCCUCCGUCCCUCUUGGAGAGCCUGGCAAGCUACCGAGAGUGUCUCACCUGCAUGGCAAGCCUGGCAAGCUACCUGUGGCGUAUUUGAAAUGCCAAAAACAGUAACAAGUCUCACAAUGGAGAUGUUACUGGUGCCCACUCAAGCAAAUUGAUGAGCAACGAGAUGACAGUGAUACAGUGAUACAGAAUGUAAGCACAGGUGGUCACUGUUGAAAAGAACUGGUUUGUUGGCCCUAGUGAUAGUGCAGUAGGAAGCACACUGCUUUGUCCAGGGAUGGAAACUGGGUUCGAUCCCCAGCACGCUAUAUGGUCCUACAGCCCCACUUGGACUUAUCUGUGUACACUACUUGCUGUGACUCAGCCCCAACAAAUAAAUACAAACAAGAAAAAAAAAGAACAAAAACUUCAUUAAUACUGACAGUAAUUUGCCCCAUUAGAUGUUUUCACUAGCCCCUGCAGUCUCGGCUGUAGGGGGACGCAGCCUUGACUUCAUACAUGCAUCCCGAUCUCCACAUUGAGCAACAACUGAACCCAAACUCAGAUGUAUUUUAUUUUGCUUGAAACUGGUGCUUCUGUGUUCUGUAUAGGAAUUAUUUCAACUUGAUAUGCCUCUUCAUUGAGUUGAGAAAAAAAUUGACACAUGUCAAUGACCCUCACUUCUGUCAAUUUUGCAAGUCCUUCUUGCAGAAACAUUUGGUCAUUCCUUGGAAAUGCCAUACAUGUGCUAGGAAUUGUAUUAGCACGGUGGAAAUGUUAGGCACCACACCUGCAGGGCUCGACAUUUUUUUUAACAUGGAGAUGCUCAAGAAAUCGAGAAAUAAUUGGAAUCUUCUGCUGUUCUCCACGGAAGCAAGCAACCUUGAUGGAAUGUCUCUGAUCCUGUGCACUGUGACAAAGUCGCUAGUGAGUAGUGGUACCUGCAUUGCUGAGGGAAUGCUGAGACAGGUGGAAAGUCUACAGAGGGUAAAAGUCCAGGGAUGUUAGCAGCAAGGACAAAAUUUGAGUCAGCCAUCACACAAGUGUGAUCAUCCAAAUAUCCACACAGGAGAGACACUGUAGAUGUGUUAAGAAUGAGGGAAAGGGAGCUGGAGUGAUAGCACAGCAGGGUAGGGCGUUUGCCUUGCAUGUGGCAGACCCAGGUUUGAAUCCCAGUACCCCAUAUGGUCCCCUGAGCACUGCUAGGAGUAAUUCCUGAGUGCAUGAGUCAGGUGUAACCCCUGUGCAUCACUGGGUGUGACCCAAAAAGCAAAAAAAAAAUGUGGGGAGGCUUUCUCUCAAUCCAGGUACCUUUUUAAGCACAGGAAAAUUCUCAGUGGAGAGAAACCUCAUGAAUUUCAGACAUGUGGGAAGGCUUUCGCUCUGCCCUCACCCCUUACUGUGCAUGUGAAAAUUCAUAGUGGAGAGAAGCCUUAUAUGUGUAAGGAAUGUGGGAAGACCUUUAUUCGUUACACAGUCCUCACUAGCCAUAUGAAAAGGCAUACUGGAGAGAAACCUUUUGUGUGUAAUGAAUGUGGGGAGGCCUUCUCUGAAUCUGGGUCCCUUCCUAAUCACAGGAAGAUUCAUAGUGGAGAGAAACCUCAUCAAUGUCAGACAUAGGGAAAGGCCUUCAUUCUGCCUUCAGUCCUUACUGCACAUAUGAGAAUUCACACUAGAGAGAAGCCUUAUGUAUGUAAAGGGUGUGGGAAGACCUUUACUACAUCCUCAGGCCUUACUGCUCAUAUCAAAAGGCUUACUGCAACAAAAUUUUGUGUAUGUAAAGAAUGUGGGAAGACCUUUCUGUUUCUCUCUGAUCUUUGGAAACCUUGUAAAAUUCAUAUCGAAUGACUAAUAAAAAUUUACAAUGUCAGAACAGGA